UUUUGCCGCUCUUUCUCUUUUUCUCACACUGUCGCCCCAUCAAACUAUUGUGAUGCAAUUAUUGUUGUCUUUAUGGGAUCUAAAAAGUGAAAGUUUUCACUGAUAAUUGAACAUAAAUUGCAAGUCAACAAGUGCUAUUAAAUAACCAAAACGGGAAUAUUUAUUUCACCCACACAACCGCAAUUAUACGCUGCAAUCGAAACACGAGAAUAUUAGGCAAAAUUGUCAACGAAGAAGGUGCGGUGGGUGGAAGGCGGAGGAAGUGCAGCAACAGGGGCCAAUGUGCAGCAGGCUAGAGCGCGCGCGUUGCAACUGGGCUGGGCUAGCAAGGUCUAACCUCAAAGCAUCCGCACAAAGUUUUCCCAUUCCUUAGAGGAGAGUUCCCUACACACACAGUCACACACUCACGCACACAUCAAAAUAAACGUGUUCAUAUAGAUAAUGCAUCGCAUAAUGCCAGCCUCUUGGAGUAAUGGCAGCUUGUUACCCUUCCGCGUGUCCACCACCACAAAGGUUGUUCUUUUCUCCUUGACUGCCGGCGUGGCUCUAAUGGGUGUCCUGUCGCGUUACUUACGUCGCCGUAAGCCACCGCGUCCACCACGUCGGGCCAGAAAAUAUACAGGAAGGCGGACACGGAAUAGCAUGCGUAGUCCCAAUGAUUUGAUAUCAAUUGCCGGCUCAAAAGCCUCCGCUCGUUCCGGCAGCCCUGUAGGAUCCACGUUAGCCUACUCAGAUCGCCUUUCGAUGGCAUCCGGUUCUAUAGGAGCUGGCGUAUUGGCAACCAGUGGCCAAAAUAAUGCAGUUACCGUUGGCGGUACGGUAGUAACUCAGCUGACGGCCCAGCAGCUGGGAGUGAUGGGCAUGGAGGCUCUCGAUACCGUUAUCAAUUUUUGGGAGGAUGCCUUGGCUGCCCAUUAUUCACCGGGUGGCGUGCCAGCUUCCCUGACCACAGCCGAGGAUUCUGAGUUCUGUCGCGAGAUACAAAAUCUUCUAGAGAUGUCCUAUACGCUGCAGGAACAGAGCGAAUUGCUCUUCUUAGAUCAGCGAUCGGUGCUUUUUCGCGAGGAACAUUCCAUAGACGAGGCCGAGGAGGAUGGCCUGGCUGCCGGCGGCAUUGGUGAUGAUGGUGACGAUGAUCGCCUGUCACGCAAAUCGGGCAGUAUUUUGAGUCGAGCUGGCUCCGACCCGAAUUUCGAUUCAGCCGAAAGCUUUGCCUCUGCCCUCGAUCAGGUGGCAGAUCUGCGCGAAUUCGAGGGCUUCAUUGAGACUUCAUACGAGGAGUAUCCCCUGUUCCAGAGUGCCCUCAAGCAUCACGAUGAGUACACAGUGCCUUGUCGGACGAUGCGUUCGGAGCUGAUGCACUGCAGCAGUGACAUUGAGUAUUUGGCCAAAUUGCAUUGUGUCCGUCUUGCCUUCCAGUUCCUAUUCAAGGAUCCAGCGGUUGGUCAAUGGAUCUGCGAUUCAGGUCGUCAAAUCCUCACCGAUUUGCUAUGCCUGGGCGAUAAGGACACCAAGGAAUUCCUUGUAGGCUACGAGGACAUGGUGAAUUUCUUACAGGAUCCCAACAGCUGGCCGUGCAUACAAAUGGAACUGGAACAACGCAAUGUCAAGGCCAUGACAUUCUACGACAUUUGUCUGGACUUUAUUAUUUUAGAUUCCUUCAGAGAUUUGGAUGCACCGCCAGCCAGUGUCACAGCUGUGGUCCAAAAUCGUUGGCUAUCCAACGGUUUCAAAGAGACGGCUCUAACCACAGCCGUGUGGUCCGUACUGAAGGCCAAAAGGCGUAUGCUAAAGUUUCCCAAUGGUUUUAUGGCCCAUUUCUAUGUAAUAUCUGAACAAAUAUCACCAUUAAUGGCCUGGGGUUUCUUUGGACCCAAUGAGAAUUUACGCGACAUUUGUCAUUAUUUUCGGGAGCAGCUCCUGUCAUUCCUGAGCGAUAUAUUUAGCUUUCAGAAGAGUCGAUUCACAACCAUCGAGGACUUUUCGCAAGAUGUGCUGCAGCAUAUGCAGACACGGGUAAACAACAUCGGUGUGAAGUUUAGUCAAUAGUUUUCCCAUUUCUCUUUUUUCCUUUCUUUUUCUAUUUGUUUUUUUUUUUUUUAUUAUCAUUUACCAUUUUUGCUUUUGGUUAUGUUUAUGGUAAACAAGUUAACUAAUUUUAAAGACCACAACGUUACAAACACACACACACACACAUACGCACAUCCACACCCACACACCGACACCCAUUUCUUCCUAUGAUUAAGCUGCAUUUAAGUCGCCAAAUAACAUUAAUAUGGAUUAUAAACACAAAAACAUUUGUAAAAUAAAAACAACAAACCAG